CUAAACACAUGUCUAAAUUUUACGUGUUGUAAUCCGAACUAAGUUCUAAAUCAACGCUAAUGAAGUGAGCUCGAAGCCCCCUUUCUGCUUGGGAUCAAGAUUUCGGUUUUUCUCUUUUGUAAUGUACUCCAUUAGCAUGCUUUCGAAACUCUUGACAGUGAACAGAACUUCAGUGUUGAUCGCGCUGGCGUUGUCCGUCCUCGUUCCGCUUUGCAUUAGAGCAUCACAGGUGUCAUCUUCGAAAACAAAAUCUACUCCUGCAGAUAGAUUGCUCAGGAAGCACGAGUUAAAAACAUUUCUCGAAACUGGUUCCAGAAGUUCUACCGUACAUCGGGACAGCAAAGAGUACAAGUGCCAUGUCCUGACAGCUCUCUACAGAAAUGCAAGGCUUCAUGACAGACACUUUCGAGAAAGAGAAGUGGUGACGUCACAAAUUGCUCGCAUGUUGGACAGCUGUAGAACAGUUGACUUUAGGAUGUCUGAAAUUUUCAAUCAGUCCUUCAUUUUCCCUGGAACGAAAUGGUGUGGUGCAGGGAAUGUGGCCGAGAACUACCACGAUUUGGGCGUUUUCAACGAAACUGAUGCCUGCUGCAGAGAACACGACUUCUGUGACGAUAUUAUACAAUCUGGGAAAAGCAAGCACAAUCUCAUUAAUCCUUACGGAACUACCAGAUUGCAUUGUAAAUGCGAUGAAGCUAUGCGUCAGUGCUUUAGAAAAGUCAACAGCGUGAUUUCCAAUACGGUUGGAUAUAUCUUCUUUUCCUUGCUACAGACACAAUGUUUUGAUUUCGAUUACCCUACCUCUGGAUGUUUGCUUUGGAGGAGAGGAGCUGUGCGACUCUACUGCGUGAAAUAUAAAUUCCAAGAGGAGGAAGAUAAAAAGUGGCAGUGGUUUGAUCAAGAACCAUACGUCUGAAAAUCUGCUAGAGCUCGACAGAAUUAUAUAUGUCAUUCUCUUAUAAUUUAGGACAAAUAACGCUUAUAAAGUGGAGUGUUGUAUAUAUAACUUUUAAACUUUUAUUUGUUUGUCUUGUGUAGUUUUGCUUCGGACAAUAAAAAAAGAAUUUAAAUCCA